AUGCAGAAUCUUCCUGGAGUGAUAAUGUUCACCCUGACAGUGGUUCGGGUUACAAAAAUAAUAAUAAAGUUCUGCUGGCAGAACUACCUUGACUGCCACCACUAGGAGUAGACAAUGACUGAUAAAGGGGAUGGUAUCUCUACAUGUGAAUGGUACCGGUAUGUGUACAAGUCCUUCUGCCCUAUAGCCUGGGUGUCAACCUCGGAUGACCACCAGGCAGAAGGCACAUUUUCUGGCAAGAUUUGA